AUGCGUGCAACUCCUGUCUACUCCUUGUCAACUCCCUCCUCAAAUGGCAAUGUUAAUGCGGCUCAUUCGUUCAUAUUAAACAUUUCCAAUCCCUGUUGGAGCAAAGUCUUUAAACCAUCUCAAUUAACCAAGAUCCAUAACGACUACGUGAAAGAGUUGCCACCUGUACAACAAGAAAUGAAGACUUUUCAUAAAAACUUCAAGAACAUGACUGAUGUGGAACAACUUUGGAACAUUGCUGAAGAGCAUCGAUUUCAUCCAAUCGCCAAAUUUGAUCUCGACUGGUCUCGACGUUCGAUCCUCGAUAUCCUUUCCUCUUAUCGCUGGGGCAGCGUUCAGCGUGCAGCAGUGUCAGGCGGCGAACGUGACCUCAUCAUGUUGAUUUGGCGUGCUGUGGAUAUGUGUUUUCAGAACCUUAAAGUGGAUUCAUUAAGGUAA